UAUUCGGAUAUCCUCUUGUUGUUUAUUUUUGAGAAUCGGCCCAUGCGUUGAAGUGCGGCGCUAGUUGUAACUCUUUGGAUAAGGUUGAAAGAAUUGACGAAACGUAUUUCAAUAGCUUAGUAUAAUAAUUUAAUUUCAAUAGUAUGGAUGAGUGUCGGGUCUUGUCAAUACAAAGCCAUGUCGUUCGUGGAUACGUUGGGAACCGAUCAGCUGUUUUUCCUCUGCAGAUUCUUGGAUUUGAAGUUGAUUUUAUAAACUCAGUGCAAUUCUCAAACCAUACUGGGUACCCAGUUUGGAAAGGUCCUGUUCUCUCCUGCACAGAAAUUGAAGAACUUUAUGAAACUCUGAAGGCAAAUGAUGUUAUCAAAUAUGACUAUGUGCUUACAGGUUAUUGCUAUGAUAAAGAUAUGCUGCUGAAGUUAGUUCACAUAAUCAAGGAAUUAAAAGAGAGAAAUCCAAAUCUUAUUUAUGUUUGUGAUCCAGUAAUGGGAGAUACGUGGAAUGGUAAAGGGAAAAUGUACGUACCUGAAAACAUAAUGCCAGUGUUCAGAGACCAAGUCGUACCUAUAGCAGACAUCCUGACUCCCAAUCAAUUUGAGGCCGAGUUAUUAACAGGCAUGAAGAUUGAAAACGAAUCUGAUGCACUGAAAUGUAUGCAAGUAUUACAUGAAAGAGGACCAAAUACUGUUGUAUUGAGCAGUACAGAGCUUGGUGAAAGCGGAAAACACAUGAUGUGUUAUUGCAGUAAAAAAGGAGAGAAGAGCCAACAACUGCGAGUUUCAAUUCCAGUUAUUGGAGAAGCAUUUGUAGGUUCUGGAGAUUUAUUUGCCGCAACAUUCCUAGCCUGGUCUCAUCGACAUCCUAGCGACAUGAAAACCGUUUGUGAAAAAGUUCUUUCUACUAUGCAACAUGUAUUAAAGAGAACGCAAACGGCAGCUGAAGCGCUGGCAGGCCCAGGGAAAAAGCCAACGUUGCCACAACUAGAACUGAAACUUAUACAAAGUAAAAGAGACAUCGAAGAUCCAACCAUUUGUAUCAAAGCAGAAGAAAUCAAGUCUUGAUAUGCCAUCCAUGUUGACUAAACAGAGUGAAAGUUACUAGCUUUUCUAUGUCCAGAAA